GAUGUUGUUCCUAAGUACCCAACUACAUGUGCUGUUGAGUGGGUUGAUGCAGAGGAUUCACUUUUUCUCCUGUAUACUAGUGGCAGCACUGGAAAGCCUAAGGGUGUUCUGCAUACAACUGGGGGAUACAUGAUAUACACUGCAACAACAUUCAAGUAUGCAUUUGACUACAAGCCAUCAGACAUAUACUGGUGUACAGCUGACUGUGGUUGGAUUACUGGGCACAGCUACGUUACUUAUGGGCCUCUGCUUAAUGGAGCAACAGUUGUAGUAUUUGAAGGGGCUCCAAAUUAUCCAGAUUCUGGACGAUGUUGGGACAUUGUUGACAAAUACAAGGUGACAAUAUUUUAUACUGCCCCUACACUGGUGCGCUCUCUGAUGCGUGAUGGAGAUGAGUAUGUCACCCGCUAUUCACGAAAAUCCUUACGAGUACUCGGUAGUGUAGGCGAGCCUAUAAAUCCCAGUGCAUGGAGGUGGUUUUUCAAUAUAGUUGGAGAUUCAAGAUGCCCCAUAUCUGACACUUGGUGGCAAACAGAGACAGGUGGCUUUAUGAUUACUCCUUUACCUGGUGCCUGGCCACAGAAGCCUGGUUCUGCCACUUUUCCUUUCUUUGGAGUUCAGCCUGUCAUAGUGGAUGAGAAGGGUAUUGAGAUUGAAGGUGAGUGCAGUGGAUAUUUGUGUGUGAAAGGUUCAUGGCCUGGGGCAUUCCGAACUCUUUAUGGGGAUCAUGAAAGAUAUGAAACUACUUACUUCAAGCCAUUCCCAGGCUAUUAUUUCUCUGGUGAUGGCUGCAGCAGGGAUAAGGAUGGGUACCACUGGCUUACCGGAAGAGUUGAUGAUGUCAUCAACGUCAGUGGACAUCGUAUUGGCACAGCAGAAGUGGAAUCUGCUCUAGUUUCACAUCCCCAUUGUGCUGAAGCCGCUGUUGUUGGUGUUGAGCAUGAGGUUAAAGGACAGGGCAUUUAUGCAUUUGUUACUCUGAUCGAGGGGGUUGAUUAUAGCGAGGAACUCCGAAAAAGUCUUAAGCUCACUGUGAGAAACCAGAUUGGAGCAUUUGCAGCUCCGGACAGAAUCCAUUGGGCACCUGGUCUUCCAAAGACAAGAAGUGGAAAGAUAAUGAGGAGAAUUCUGAGGAAAAUAGCUGCUAGGCAGUUGGAUGAGCUUGGGGACACAAGCACGCUUGCAGAUCCGAAUGUGGUUGAAAAGCUUAUUGAACUUGCUGAUCAUUGAAACUUCCCAAAUUUUGAGUGCAGACAAAAGUAGUUUUUACCCAUCAACUAUGAUCGUUUAGUUCUGCACACGUAAAAAAUCCAGUCUGCCAACGCAAUAAAUACUUCGUGUAUUUUCCAGCACCCUUUUAAACUUGAGAUAAUAAUGCACGCAGGUUCACAUUUGCAAACACCAGUAUAUAUAUAUAUAUAUAUAUAUAUAUCCAUGCAUAGUUAUGCUGUUAGAAUUCGUUCUAUAUAUAUAUAUAUUUGGUGUCGUGUUAGAAUACU